CUCCACCCAAAAAUCAAACCAAAAUAUUCACCGAAACCAAAACUCUCUCUCUCACACACACACACGCAGACAUAACUGCAUCUCCUUCAAGCUUUUGCGUAGAAGAAAGCGAAAGAUGGGUACGAUAAACCAAGGAAUAAGCUUGUUCGAUGAACCACAAAACAUCAUAAACCCUAAUAAUACUAACCAUCUAGGUUUCUUCUUCUCUUGCCCUAGUCACACAUUAUCUUCGUCAUCUUCUUCGUCUUCAUCUUCCCCUUCUUCUUUUGUGUCUCCGUUUUUAGGUCAUCACUCCCUAAACUCCUUCCUCCACAAUAAUAACUCCACUUCCUUUGUAACUCAUCCUCAAGAUCCCAUCAAUUCCAUGGCAAAUCUCCCAGAAACCCUAAUAUCGUCUUUAUCAUCAUCAAAACAAAGGGAUGAGCAUGUUGGUAUUGUGAAUCUUGAUCAUCAUCGUCUUACCGGUGGUAUAUUAUCCCAAAGACCAUCUCCAAAUCCAUGGGCAUGGAGUAGUCAAGCAGGAUAUGGAUACAGCAAGAAAAACAACCAUGGAAGCGAGAUUGAUGUAGAUGAUAUUGAUGAUGAUGUUGGUGAUGGUGGUGGUAUUAAUGAUGAUAAUCAUCAACAUCAUAAUACUCCUCGUCGUCAGAAACAUAACACGACUUCGUUAGGAGUAGUGUCUACUCUAAAUGUGAAGAAGCUUAAGACAAGAAGAAAAGUGAGGGAGCCUCGGUUUUGCUUCAAGACCCUAAGCGAUGUUGAUGUCUUAGACGAUGGAUAUAGAUGGAGAAAAUAUGGCCAGAAAGUUGUCAAGAACACUCAACAUCCCAGGAGCUAUUACAGAUGCACACAAGACAAGUGUAGGGUGAAGAAGAGAGUGGAGAGAUUAGCAGAUGAUCCAAGAAUGGUAAUCACUACUUACGAAGGAAGACAUCUUCACUCUCCGUCUAAUCAUCUCGACGACGAUUCUCUCUCCUCCUCUCACCACUCUGCUCUCUCCAACUUCUUCUGGUGAUUCUAAUAAUUUGUUUUUUUCAUAUAUUUUAAAUCAUCCUGCCUCGAACUAACCAUCGCUUUUAAUCAAUACCUUGACACAAAAAAGGAAAAAAAAAGCCAUAACUACAUAUAGAACUAGGUACGAUGUUUUUACUGUGUAAUGUGUUUGUGUGGUUUAGAUUCGUGUUUUGCAAGAUUAUUAAUAUAUCUUUACCACCCUUUUUUGGGCAAGUAUAUCUUUACCAUCUAAGGAGUGAAAUUAUAUAUAUGAAUGUAUUUGGAUAGGACCUUUUAUUAUAUAAAAAAAAAAUGUGUUAACGCUUUGCAUUCCCGGGUGUGUUUUUU